CUUGAGCCCAGAUCAACGUAGCAUAAAGCGCAGGGACGAGUCGAGCGCAAGCAGGCAGCACUGGCAGGCGCUGGGGCGGCCAUGGCUGCCAUGAGCACGGCUGCAGCAUUGGGGGCCCAGGGGCAAAACUUCUUUGGCAAUGCUGCCCUGUGUGGUGGAAGUGGGGGCGGAAGCUCUUGCGAUCUCCGGAGCUUGUCUUCCCACCUCUCUCAGGCCCCAUCCUCUUUCCGUGAACAAUGGCCUCAGACUGCGCAUCCGGCAGCGUCAUCGUCAGGACGGACCAGCAUGCAGACGACAGGGCCUCUCAAAAAGAGUUGUUUCUUAGCACCCGGGUUGCCCCUGCAACCUGGCCCUGUGCCUGGCAGCAUGCGGCACAGGCGGCAUGGGCGCAGGGUGCGCGCGGAUGCUAGCUCGGAGUCGAGCGGGGUGCGCUUCCCGUUUGCUCGCCCGCGGGACCUGGUGGAGCUGCCCCUCUUCCCGCUGCCCCUGGUGUUGUUCCCUGGGCAGGUGCUGCCCCUCAAGAUCUUUGAGUACCGCUACAGGAUCAUGACGCACACGCUCCUGCAGACGGACCUCCGGUUUGGGGUUGUGUACGCAAAUGAGGUGACGGGCACUGCUGCGGCCAUUGGGUGCGUGGCGGAGGUGCUGAAGCACGAGAAGCAUCCCGAGGACCGCUUCACUCUCGUGUGCAAGGGCCAGCAGCGCUUCCGCGUGCACGAGAUCGUGCGCACCAAGCCCUACCUCGUCGCACGGGUGGAGUGGCUGGAGGACCGGCCGUCCGCGGAGCCUGCCCCGGGGGAGGAUGCAGAGACGCUGGCGCGCGAGGUGGAGGGGCUCAUGAAGGACGUCAUUCGACUCAGCAACAAGGUGAGCGGUAAGCAGAACAAAAAGGACAAAGAGGGGGAUGACCUGCGAAAGCAAGCCUUCCCUACGCCCUUUAGUUUCUGGGUUGCAAGUACGUUCGAAGGCGCCCCUGCCGAGCAGCAAGCGCUUUUGGAGCUGACAGACACGACGGAGCGGUUAAAGCGAGAGCAGUCGACGCUCAGGAACACACUGAACUAUCUGACGGCAGCGACAGCCGUGAAGGACGUCUUUCGGAGUAGCUCUUCAAAGGACACACCAGAAGACUUCCCAUCGGAAGAACCACCGGUUGGAGGCCCAGAUUAGGACAUCAUGGCAUCGCAGUUUCGGGGCCGGAUCGAUUGUAGAUAGAAGUUACAUAUGAUGACAUAUUGAUAGCGGUAGACGUAUCCAUCAGCCUAUGCCUGCAAAUGAGGUGGAUGGGGGCGACCAUGUGUGACCAUUCGAUUGUGUUGGACACGUCUGCAUCCAUUCAUGUCAAGGUCCAACAUAGUAUAAACUUCUUGAACGCUCCAAUCAUCGCAUACCAUUGUUAGUCGCUGGCUGUCACAAGCUAGUCAUAAGUUUGAAUAAUCGAUAUAGGUUGGACUUGAUUAACGAAUGCUUGGGACUCCGCAGAGUCGAUCCGAUCAUUGAUCAUGCACGAGCUUCGCCCUAGCUCAAAUUAAAAAUUUAACCCGGCGGGCAUUUUUAAAGGUUGAA